GUUAGCCUCUGUCAUGUUUGAGCUCGUCAGGUUUUACUUGAGUCUAACCCGUUUUAAUUCGCAGUGAGGGUGUUUUUCCUGUCACUACCAAAUAUUAGACAGUGGAGAAAUAAAAGUUUGAGGCAUGGCAUCCGUCUUACAGCCUCGUAAGGAGGUUUCUGACGGCACGUACACUUUCUCCAGCCGGCCACGACCCGUUCACAACCGCCCCAAAUACAGAGAGCCUGACACGGAGCAGAAUGAUGGACACAUUACCUAUGGAAACAUCAUGUAUGACCGUCGUGUUGUCAGAGGAAACACUUAUGCCCAAAAUAUCAUACCAACUGUCGCCCAGCCACACCCUGUUGAGAUACAGAGACAGCAGGAAGCUAGAAGGAGAGCCAUGGCUCGUAAGCGGGCCAGGGAGCAGUUUGUACCCAGGACCCCUGAGGCCCUAAAGGGCAGGAUGCACGCUGACGUACAAACAGAGCUGUACCUUGAGGAACUGAGUGAUAUAAUUGAUGCCACCAAUGUUGAGUGCCAGACUGAUGCUUUUCUGGACAAACCAGCGACCCCGCUCUUCAUACCGGCCAAAUCUGGCAAAGAUGUUGCCACACAGAUAGAGGAGGGAGAGUUGUUUGACUUUGACAGGGAGGUGCAGCCGGUGCUGGAGGUGCUAGUGGGGAAGACAAUGGAACAAUCCCUCCUAGAGGUUAUGGAGGAGGAGGAGCUGGCCUCCCUGAAGGCUCAGCAGAGGGUCUUCCAGGAGCUCCGAAAUGCGGAGCUGGCCGAGGUGCAGCGUAUGGAGGAGCGGGAGAGACGCCACCGUGAAGAAAAAGAGCGGAGGAUUGCUGAGCAGAAGGAGGUGCUUGAGAAAGAGAAGGACACUGUUGAAAAGAUCGCUGCCCGGGCUUUUACCAAGCACUACCUGGCUGACCUUCUGCCAUCCGCCAUGUCCACACUGAGGACCCAUGGCUAUUUUUAUGACCCCGUGGAGAAAGAUCUUGAGACUAAUUUCAUGCCAUGGCUGAUGGCUGAGGUGAACAACAAUCUGGAGAAGAGAUACGCUGCAAGGGAGCUGCUCGACAUGCUCAUCCACGACGUCACUCAGAAAAGGCUGGACAUCUUCAAUCAGCUGGAGCCCAAAUGAAAUAUAGACAGACUGAAUGACAUUGAGGCAGGUCAAGGUUAUGAAAAUAUUCUGAAAAAAUAAACUUUGCUUUCAUUCCUCUGUUACUACUGAUAAAACAAUAAAGAUG